UUCUCCCUUUCCCUUCUCUCUGACUCUCCUCCCUUGCUUGGUCUUCCUUCCCUGGCGGCGCCGACUGGGCGAGCGGCAGCGCCAUUCGUCACGUCUUCGCCCAGCCCUUUGCCGGCGACGAGCAUCCACCAGGAAAGCAUCUCAUUCUCAAAUGAAGCACAUAUUCAAGAUUGUUGCUAUACUGGUAGCAAUCUCAGCCAUCUGGGUUGCACUCCUUGAAACCUCAACUGUUCCUCGAAGUUAUACUUGGCUGCUUCCAAUCUACUUGGUAGUGGCUCUUGGAUGCUACGGCCUUUUUAUGGUUGGAUUUGGACUUAUGUUCUUCCCAACUUGCCCUCAAGAAGCUAUACUACUGCAACAGGAUAUUGUGGAGGCAAAGGAAUUCUUAGCAAAGAAGGGUGUUGAUGUGGGCUCCGAGUGAGGCCAAUUUCAGCAAUCAACAUUCAUGACCAUUUUGAAGGAUCACCAUUCUGUUCCUUGGAAUAGACUUCUUUUUGGAUACUGUAGCUAGAAAAUAUCAUUUCACUAUGUUCUGAACUAUUACUAACACAGUUUUAGUGAGUUGACAUGUUACACUUUGUCAAAGAUUGGCGUGGUGUUUUUAAGUUUCAACAAGUGCAUUGCUGUUUUAGGGAUAUUUGCUUCCUGCCUCAAUCUUGUAUUGUAUCAAUUACGUCGUGUGGUAUCACCUUAUGAUGUUGCUUGCUCUUGCAGGCCCUUUUGAUGA